AACUUUUUUUUAAACAAUUUACGAAGACGUAUUAGGGCUUCUUCAACUCAGUCACUUACGCAGAAUCCGUGGAAUAUGGUCCUCGCCUACUGUAUAACGUGACUUCUGCGUGGGGAGGACAAUUAAAAGCGGGAUUAGUAAAUAUCACCUGGUUAGUCCACUUGUCGAGAAGAAGGGAGGACUGCACAACAAUGUCCACGUCUGUGAACGUGUAACUGCGAGUUCAACCGAGUGAGGUUCGGUUCCGUUUAAAGAAUAACAAGACAUUUCGGUGUGAUGGAGUGGCGAGAACAGUCCACGGUGAGCUGCCAGGACGCGUACGUGGAGGCACAGAGGUGGAUCGAAGCAGUCACCAAGCAAACAUUUAAGGGCAAAGACUUCCGUUCGGCUCUGGAGAGUGGAGUUCUGCUGUGCGAUGUGAUCAACAAGAUCAAGCCCGGCAUCAUCAAGCGGGUCAACAGACUGCCAACUCCAAUCGCUGGUUUGGACAACAUAAACGUCUUCCUCAAAGCCUGCCUCAAGCUCGGACUCAAAGAGGCACAACUCUUUCACCCCGGGGACCUCCAGGACUUGUCGUCAAGAGUCACAGUCAAUGAUGAAGAAACUGACCGAAGACUCAGGAAUGUGUUGAUCACACUUUACUGGCUUGGUAGAAGAGCUCAGGACGAGCGUUCCUAUGAUGGACCUUAUCUAAAUUUCAAGGCAUUCGAGGGAUUACUUGGCACAGCACUUCAUAAGGCUCUACACGAACUGUCUGGUCAGACAGGCAGCAGCACCCAAGACAGUGGUUUGGGAGACAGCUGGUCUUCGGAGCGAGAGGAGCGGCAUCAGUUAAAAGGAAGAGGAGGUGGACACAGGAGAGACGACUCCUUCGACAGUUUGGACUCUCUGGGCUCCCAGACGCUAAGCAUCUCAUCGGAAGCCACACUCAAAGGCAGCAGCGAGGGUUGUUGCAGUGACGCCGAGGCCGACGCAGCUUUCAGAAUGGCCGACAAGGAGUCUCUUAGUUACCGCCGCUCUGUCAACCUCACACCGAAGGUCACAACACAGUUCAACCAGUUCCUGCCCACUAAAGACAAGACCGCGGCAUAUGUUCCCGCUCCCCUGAGGAAGAAACGAGCUGAGCGCACCGACGACAGCCGACGCAGUUGGGCCAACCCCAUGGAUGAGGAUGACCUCCCGAUCACCAGACAACAGCAAGAAAAAGACAGUUUCGACGGGAGCAAAUCAACAAAUGACAUCACUGAGGAACCUGUGUUGAUCAGACGACCGUCUCAAUAUGAAGCUCUCGAGAAAUACCGCGAUCAGAUUAAGCAGAGUGACGAUAAGUGGCAGGAUGACUUAAGCAAAUGGAAGAACCGGCGUAAGAGUGUCAAUUCUGACAUUGUUAAAAAGAAAGAAGAGAGGGAAAAGGUUGAGCAGAUCACACACGGCGGCAGCACCAGAAACUCCAAGACCUUCAAGGAGAUGCAAGAUGAGAGGGAGAAGAGGCGGAGCGGCAGCCUCAGCAGCCGCAUUGGGUCGCUCAGCUUUGACAACGACAGCGACGUAUUUGAGAAACCGAAACCCCGUACCCGGGACAGCAUGACCAGAAGCUACACUAUUAACACUUUUAAUCACUCCUCCGGCUCGUCUGAGCCCGCUCGGAAAGAGGUCAAGCCCCCAGAUGUCUCGCUGAGGUCCACAAAGCAGGAAGCCGAGUCCGUUAAAGUUCCCGGCAGGGCCACCGCUCGCAGCCCAUUCAGCACACCCAAACCUUCCGAAGCCACGUCCUCGCUCAGGAGUUCAGUCUUUGAAAGCACGGCCAGAACAAAGGAGCGCUCACUACUUCCGAAAGCCUCGCAAAAGGUGCCUGAGCCCGAGAGCCCGGUCAAGGUGCAGCCCCCAACUUCUGGUUCCAUAUUCAAACCAUCGCUGGCCAGCAAGACAGACGCCAACGCUGCGGCGGUUUCUCGGAUAUCCGCCUCCCUUCCUCGGAGCUACCAGAGAUCGGAUAGUGCGCGGCUAUCGUCAGUCAUCACGCCAAGACCUUUUGGGACCCAGGCAACCCGUGUAGGCUCACUUACCCGGAGUGUCACACUGAACGACUCUAACAGUCGCAUCAACGGCAACACCGCCGUUCCUAAGAAUGCGUCGGUGCCGAGCCGCUAUCAUCAAUUCAUGACCGUCGAAGAAAUGGCCCAGUCGCAGUUGAGCCCCGUCCACAGCAGCGAGGACGACGACGAAGCGCAAGAAGACACCACAGGGAAGAGUGUCACCUCUACAUCAAGCAUCUCAUCCCGCACAGUUCAGGUCAAGAGGGACCUUCCAGCUAACGAAGCCAGCAAGGAAAGUAUGUGCGAGAUGCGGAUCAGCCUCAACCAGAAGCCCAACAGCAGUCGAGACUUUGGCUUUGACGUGGCGUGGGAUUCUAGUGGGGCUCACGUCAAUUACAUCCAACCAGGCAGCCCAGCUGAUAUAUUCCAGUUGCAGGCUGGGGACGAGGUGCUGACAUUGAACAGCCACCGGGUGGCGGACAUGAGCUACCUUGACUGGAAGGCCGGCAUGGACCGAGCUCUGCAGGAGGGCAAUUUGGUGAUGGACAUCAGGCGUUAUGGCAAGAGCAACUGGGACAGAGAUCCGUCUUCCCCGCCAUUUAAAGGCCAUAAGACCAUCAAUCUGACCAGUAUGGAUCAUACCACACUUGUAGGUUUCCCUGAGGCCGGUGCCACCAACAUGCUGGAUUUUACUUCGCUCUCUGACACGUCCGCCAAGGCCACCACCCACUCGGUCGUGGAUGUGGCUUCCAACGGCGUCGAUGGUGGUUACCCCAAAGUGUCCAUGAUGACAAAAGAAUCAGAGCCCAUUUCUAUGAUAAACUUAAAACGGAGAUCAGAGUUUUUUGAGAAAGGAUCAGCAGGCUCUGACAUGCCAGAUAUACCUGUUCCACCACUCACCGCGUCUUCAACUCGCUGGUCCUGGGAUCCAGAAGAGGAACGCAGGCGACAGGAGAAGUGGCAGAAGGAGCAGGAGCGCCAAUUACAGGAGAAAUAUAAACGUGACCAGGAGAAACUGCAUGAGGAGUGGACAAAGGCUCAGGAGGAGAUCUCUAGCAGUGUUCCACAACGCGAGCCAGCGGGCCCAACGCUCGCCUACUGGGACCUAGAGCAGGAGCGAGAGAGGCUGGAGCAAGAGAGGAAGAGGAGGGAGGAGGAGGAGCAGCAAGAGCGCAUGAAGCUGGAGUUGGAGAGGCAGCGGAGAGAGGAAGAGUUUGAGCGCCAAAGGCAGGAGAUGAGGAGGCGGGAGGAAGAACUAGAGCGAGACAGACAGGAAGUCGAGAGGAAGAGGAGGGAGCAGGAGCAGGAACUGGAGCGCCAAAGGCAGGAGAUGAGGAGGAGGGAGGAGGAGCUAGAGCGUUUAAGGCAGCAGGAGGAGGAGAGGAAGAGGAGAGAGGAGGAGCUGGAACACCUGAAGGUGGAGGAGGAGAGGAGGAAGAGGGAUGCAGAGGAGGAGCGCCAAAGGCAGGUGGAAGAGGAGAGGAGGAAGAGGGAAGCAGAGGAGGAGCGCCAAAGGCAGGUGGAAGAGGAGAUGAGGAGGACCCGAGAGAAGGAGGAAGAGGAGAGGAGGCAGAGGGAAGAGGAGGAGCUUGCGUGGCAGAGGAGGAGAGAGGCAGAGAAGGAGGAGCUGAGGAGGAGGCUGAUGGCGGCGGAAGAGGAAGAGCGGCAAGAGAGGAAGCGUGCCAUCGAGGAGCAACGGGCUAAAUUGCUUGAGACUGAAGAAAGACUUCCAAACAGAGGUUUGUCAAUGCAUCGGGGCGGCAUGGCCCACUGGCUGCUGGAGGAGCAAGCCAAGAGCACACGGGAAAAAGUGGCACACGGUCAAAGGGCCGCAAGCGAGCUGGAGAAGGAGAGGAGAAACAUUCUCGUUGCCAUGAGAUACAGGGAGCCCCAGAGAGUGAUAGGCGGCGAUGUGGUCGACGCAAUGGGUGGGCAGCCGCCAUCACAGGCGGAGCUCCAACGCCAGCAGCUCCUGAACGACAUGAAGAAGAAAACGAACUUAUUGACGGACAGCAGCUGGAUCCGCCAACGCUCCGCCACCACCCCUAGCAACAGCGACCUGCCAUCUACGCGCAGGGGCGGCUCUCUUGACCACCUGGAUAACCCCCCCAACUCCUGGCGUUCGUCUUGGACACUCAGGAGCGACUCCCAUAUACCAAACUACUCGCGGCCUCACUCCGCCCUCUCCGGCAACGUUCCCUUUUACGGCGAUGGGCCGCCAGGGGCGCGGUUCGGCUCGAGCACUCUGCCCGCCUCUUUCGGGGGCCCAGCAGCUGGGAACACCCCCUGGUCUGGGCAGUUGUCGUCGCUUUCGACAUCUUCUCUCUCACCCACCACCUCCCCAGAACCAGAACCUGGUUCUGACGCAGGUGGUCGGCAGCAGCGCAGCAGGUCUGUGAGCGGUAAGAAAGUAUGUACUAUGUGUGACCUGGCGCUGGGAAAAGGAGCAGCCAUGAUCAUCGAGUCCCUCGGACUCUGUUAUCAUUUGACCUGUUUUAAGUGCAUCGACUGCAAAACGGCCCUCGGGGGAUCGGAAGCCGGGGCUGAAGUCCGAAUUCGAAACAAACAGCUCUACUGUAACACCUGCUACAUGCGAUUCAAAACUGGCCAGCCCACCUCGAUUUAAUUUGAGGGUCCUCCAGAAGAUCGACGAGGAGACCACAAGCGACAACAACCCGUGAUGCAUCUUCAUUCCUGAGAUUCGAAUUGUUCUUUUUUUAAGUGGGUAAGACUGGUGGUGUAUAUUUUAGGUGCAAGAUGUGAAAUAUUACAACUGUACAAAGGGUUCUUCUUAUACAUGCCAUAUUUGGUUACUACAGGGGUGGGAAAAUCUAAGACCCAUGGGUUCAAAUGCAGAUCAGGUGAACGUUAAUUCUAUCAUAAAUAUCAUAUGUUUUCAUAAAUCUAGCAUGGCCCUUGGAAGAAAAAGGCUCCUCACCCCUCUGCUUGAUAUCUUACUACCGUAUCUUCCUUUUAUUAAAUUUCUAAUGAAAAUAACGUUUCUUCCUACUAGCGGUGUUCAGUGGUCAUUCGCCUACUUAUGUGCCUUUAUGUCUGCAACAGGGAGAAGUCAUUAAGAUUACUAUUAUCAUUAUCCAGGCUGUAUUUAAUGAGAUGAAAUAUUACACAGGUUGUGAAGAAUAUGGAAUGAUGGCACAGAUUUGUAAAUAAAGACUUUAACUCUGA